AUGGCCUCUUGCUUCUUCGGAUACGAACCUUUCGAGAAUCAAUACAAAGCAUUGUUCAUACCGCUAAACCAUAUGGAGGAGGCUUGUAAAUUUUUCACGUUGGGAGAUCCCACGGCUAAGGAGUGGAGAACAAUCCAAGGCGUUGGAUAUCACUUUCCAAGGGCAAGUGUAGUUUCGAUCAACGGGAGUAUUCAUUACCUAGCAUGGGAUCAUGAUGACAAUAGUGCUUCUAAAUUUAAAUUGAUGAGUUUUGACUUAAGGCGUGAGAAAUUUUACCAUGUCGAGGCUCCAAAAACAUUGAGGGAUCACGUUUCGACUCUGAUAAAUUACCAAGGGAAGUUAGGAUUCGUGUGCUGCGAAAAACAUAUGGAAAUUUGGGUUAUGGAAGAUGUUGAGAAAAAGACGAAAGGAUGGUCGAGGAUUUUCUUUUACGAGAUGGAGGGUUUCCAAAAAUGGCACAUCUCAAGUGCUACUCGUGCUGGUGAGAUUGCUUUUGUCGAUGAUUCAUACCUCUAUGAUGACUUGUCGUGUCUCCUUUAUUAUGUUAUAAGUGAAAAUCAGUCGAGAAUGUUAUUCACGAUGGCAAAGUAUAUAUAG